GUGAUAGGCUUGGGUUUGGAUUCUUCCCAUCAGUUUCCUAUCUCGCCGUCUGGCGGUUUCGGAUGGCAGCCCGAGUUAGUGUGACUACGGUCAUUCUCCAAGACGGGCCCUGACCAAUUUCAGGAAGAAACUGGGGUGGGUUCCAGAUGGGGGAGGAGGGGACGGAGGGCACCGUGCAUCUGCUGUGCCUCGCGGCCUCCAGCGGAGUCCCGCUGUUCUGCAGAAGCAGCCGCGGCGGCGCCCCCGCCCGCCAGCAGGUGGGGCCCUGGAUCUCUGGAUCUCCGAAACUGAAGGGGCUCCCGUUCUCCGUCAUCGGUUCCCUCAAUGGAGUCCACAUGUUUGGGCAGAAUCUCGAGGUGCAGCUCAACUCCGCAAGGACCGAGGACACCACUGUGGUGUGGCGAAGCUUCCAUGACAGCAUCACCCUGAUCGUCCUGUCAUCUGAGGAGGGCACCUCGGAGCUGCGCCUGGAGAGACUACUCCAGAUGGUUUUUGGGGCCAUGGUUCUUCUCGUGGGACUUGAAGAACUGACCAACAUCAGCAAUGUAGAGAGACUGAAGAAGGAGUUGAGGGCCAGUUAUGGCCUUAUCGACAGCCUCCUGGGGGACUCCGAGCUCAUCGGGGACCUGACCCAGUGUGUGGACUGCGUGGUUCCUCCAGAGGGGUCCCUCCUGCAGGAAGCCCUCUCUGGGUUUGCCGAGGCCGCAGCCACCAACUUCGCCAGCCUCCUCGCGUCGGGCCGGGUGGUGGUAGCAACAGAGAGCUGGUGGCGGCUGGGAACGCCAGAGGCCGUUCUGCUCCCUUGGCUGGUGGGAUCCCUGCCACCGCAGGCCGCUCGCGACUACCCUGUGUACCUGCCACACGGGAGUCCCACGGUCCCGCACCGGCUUCUGACCCUGACGCUGCUGCCGGGCUUAGAGCUGUGUCUGCUCUGCGGGCCGCGCCCUCCCCUCAGCCAGCUGGAUCCACAGCUUCUGGAGCGCUGGUGGCAGCCAAUGCUGGACCCACUGCGGGCCUGCCUGCCACUGGGACCCCAAGCUCUGCCCGCUGGCUUCCCCCUGCACACGGACAUCCUCGGGCUGCUGCUCCUCCAUCUAGAACUGAAGCGUUGUCUCUUCACUGUGGAGCCUUCAAGGGAUAAAGAACCUUCUCCUGAGCAGCGCCGGUGUGCCCUCCGCUCCUUCUAUACUCUGGUCACCACGGUGCACUUCCCACCAGAGCCCGGGCAGCAGGAGGAUAAGGUGGAGGACGCAGCCCAGCAGACCCAAGUGCCAAGAGCCUGCUACCUGGUGUCAGGGACUGAGGAGCCGGGCACGGGAUGGCGUCUGGUGGCCCUGCAGUUGGGGCCGCGGCGGCUGCUGCUGCUGCUCUCUGCUCAGAGUCCCGUCUACGGGCUGCGGGGCCUGGCCACCCACACUCUGCAGGCUCUCACCCCACUGCUCUGACUGACGGGGCUCCA